CUCUUUGAAAUUAGAUAUUCCAUCUUGAAAGUACAAUAAUGAAUAAUAAAAAUAACUACAACGCAGACCUUUUUGAAUAUAUUAAAGUAAGUGAGGAUGAAGACGAUUCGAAUGCGGUGGAGAUUCCUUGUGAAUUGGAUGGGACCUUAUUAUUAUCCACGCUAGUGGCACAAUUUCCUGGUGCUUGUGGUCUUAAAUAUCGCCAUCCUGAUAGUAAAACUAUUCGAGGAAUUCGUCUAAGUGAUGGCAAGCUACAUCCUCCUAGUGAGACCGGUUGGGGUAAGCAACUAUUUGUCUGCGUUUUUCCUAAAGAAAAUAAACGCAAAAUGGAAGAUGUGUCGCCAGAAAACUCAGCAGCUAAAACCAAACGCUUAGAAAAGAAACUUACAUGUUCCGAUUUGAUAUGCCUUGGUUUGCCAUGGAAAUCUACAGAAGAAUCAAUAAAACAAUAUUUUGAAAAAUUUGGAGAAGUUGUAAUGGUUCAGCUUAAGCGUGAUAAAAAUGGACUGUUUAAGGGCUUCGGCUUCGUUCGGUUCGCUACAUACGCCUCACAAAUGCGAGCACUUGCUCAGAGGCACAAUAUAGAUGGUAGAUGGGUUGAUGUUCGUAUUCCAAAUUCAAAAGAGGGAGUAGUGCCACAAAUGCCUUGUAAAGUUUUUGUUGGAAGAUGUACUGAAGAUAUGACAGCAGAUGAUCUCCGGGAAUAUUUCUCUCGAUUUGGUGAAGUAACAGAUGUGUUUGUACCACGACCUUUCAGAGCAUUUGGAUUUGUUACUUUUUUAGAUCCAGAAGUCGCUCAAAGCCUAUGUGGUGAAGACCAUGUCAUAAAGGGUGCUUCAGUUUCUGUAUCAAGUGCUGCACCAAAAAUUAAAAGCAAAUCUAAUUCCAACUGGAAAGAUGAAAACUAUGGACAAAACAAUUGGGAAGGCAACCGACCUGGUCCAUCUGGAGGGUCUAAUAGCGGUGGCAGCAAUAGUAAUAUAGAUAGUUUAAACAUGCAAAACUUGGGCAUAAAUCCAAAUGGUGGACCACCAGCCAAUUUUAAUUUACCAAUAAGUCUUGUUGCAGCAGCAUUAAACCAAGCUGGAUGGGGUGGGUUCUUGGGUGGUCCGGGUAAUUCCGGGCCAAAUAAUUGGCAAGGUGGCCCUCCCCAGGGUAGCGGAGGUAAAAAUUGGAAUAAUAAUCAAAAUUGGGGACAAAAUGGACCUCCCCCAUCAUGGAACCAAAACAACAAUCCAGGAUGGAAUAGUGGGAAAAAUGGCAAUUGGAAUCAAGGAAAUUGGCCAAAUGGGCAAGGUUGGGGAAGUAAUGGCGGGGGAGGUUCAGGGAGUUCAGGGUCUAAUAGUGGAUGGAAUAACAACAAACCCCAGACAUGAGCAGAUGCCUUGGUGUCUGUGUGAGUAUUGGGCGAGACGUGUUUACUCAAUGCUCCUGGAUUUGUACAAGUACCUUCUGAGUACGACUGCGUCAAAGUGGAUAGCACUUGUAGAUAUGGGAAAAUGGCAUAAAGAUUUCCAACUUUUAUUUAGACAAGAAAUUGAAAAAAAAAGUGAUGAAAACUAAAGAUGCAAGGAGCAGAUAAUGAUCAAAUUGAAAUGAAAAACAAAAUUAAAUUUUUGUUACAUAUUUUUAUUAAUAAAACAUUGUUGAAUGAGUUUCAAUAAACUUUUAUAUUUACUCAUAAAUGUACAUUUACUUAGGAAAUCACAAAUAAAACUUCGUACCACAAGCAUUA